AUGACUGAUGAAGGUAAUGUAUGUGGGAAGUCACCUUUCAAUACUCAACUUGAAGAAUUGUCUGCUGAAAUUAAUGAAUAUAAUAAAAAUUGGAAGGAUAUCAGUCAUAAUGAAUACCUUAUUCAGCUUCAAACUUUGGAGCCAGACUGUGGAUUUAAUGAAUCUGGAAAAGACUUUUACAAGGCAGAUUCUGAUAGCCAAAAGAAAUCCCUUGCUGAAAAAAAACCCAGUAAUGAAUAUGAAAGCACUUUCAUCCGAAAGUCAAUCAUCAGUAUAUAUAAGAAAACUCAUGUACAAAAGCCCUUUGGAAGCAAUGAACGUGGGCAAUCCUACACAGUGUCAAAAAUUUUAAAUCAGAGUGCACAUAUAGGAGAGAAGCCCAUUGGAUAUAAUUCGUUUGGGAAAGCCUUUGGUUACUCGUCAACCACUAUUGUCCAUCAAAGAAAUCAAUCAAAGGAGACACCCCAUAAUUAUCCUCAAAAUAUGAAUACUGUAAUCCAGACAGCACAGCCCACUGAACAUCAGAGAGCUCAUACAGGACAGGAAUCCAGUGAAUGUAAUGAAUGUGAACAAGCAUUUAAGAUUUCAAACUUUAAAUAUAAGAGAAUUGACACAGUGGAGAAACUUUAUGAGUUUACUGAGUAUAGGAAUGCCUUAUACAAGAAGUCUCACUUCAGCCACAGUCAGAGAACUCACAUAGAGAAAUCCUGUGAAUGUAAUCUGUGUUGCAGAACCUUCAACAAAAAAGCACACUUCAUAAAACAUCAGAGGAUACACACAGGGGAGAAUCCUUACGAAUGUAAUGAAUGUGGCAAAGCCUUUUACAACAAGGCACACCUCACUAGACAUCAGAGGAUACACACAGGGGUGAGACCCUAUGAAUGUUCCAAAUGUGGGAAAACUUUCUGUGUGAAGUCAACACUUACUGUGCAUCAGAGAACACACACAGGGGAAAAACCAUAUGAAUGUAUUAAAUGUGGGAAAACCUUCUAUGUAAAAUCAAAACUUACUGUGCAUCAGAGAACACACACAGGGGAGAAACCUUAUGAAUGUACUGAAUGUGGGAUAACCUUCAGGCACAAGUCAACACUCACUGAACAUCAGAGAACACACACAGGAGAGAAACCCUAUCUGUGUACUGAAUGUGGGAAAACCUUCUGUGUAAAGUCAAAACUGACUGUACAUCAGAGAAUACACACUGGGGAGAAACCUUAUGAAUGUAUUGAAUGUGGGAAAACCUUCAGUAGCAAUUCAAAUCUCAAAGUGCAUCAGAGAACCCACACAGGAGAGAAGCCGUAUGAAUGUACAGACUGUGGGAAAACCUACAGUCACAAAUCAAGUCUUAAUGAGCAUUGCAGAACACACAGAGGGCAGAAGCCCUGUGACUGUGAUAAAUGUGAUACAUCAUUCUGCCACAAUUUGGUCCUUACUAAAUACCAGAGAAUUCCAAAAGGAAAGAAGAACUAUGAAUAUAAUGAAUGUAAGAAAUCUUUUUUGCUAGAAGGCAAACUCUAUAGUACUUCAGAUAGCACACCUGGGAGAAAAUGUCUUUAA